AUGGCCACGGCCACCGAAAAGCCAGCCGCGGCCACCACGCCCGCCCCCGCCCCCGCGCCGGCCGACCCAACCCCCCUCUGCACAACCUGCGCGCACCCCGCGCCGCACGUGUACACGACGUACACGUCCAAGUCGAACAUCCGCCUGGGAGUCUGCACGCACUGCGGCGCGUUCAUCGACCCGCUGAUCGAAGCGCCCGCGCUGCUCCUCGUCCUCGACCUCGUGCUCCUCAAGCCGCGCGUGUUCCUGCACCUCCUGUUCAACCGCGGCUCGCCGCCCCUCGACGCGAGCGCAGGCGCGCCGCCAGGCAGCGCGGCGUCGUCUUCUAGCUCGGCGGCGCAACCGCCCUGCCCCUACCUCGCGCGCGUGCGGCACGACCUCGCUGCCCUCGGGGUCGCGACGCUCGCUGCCGAUGUCGGCGUGCGCGUCCUCCCGCUCCUCCAGUCCCCCGGGUCGUUCAACGCGACGCUCAAAGCGGUGAUACUCACCGUCGUUGCGGCGGCGCUCGAGCUGCUCGCGCAGCACGCAGCGACGCUGGCCCUCGCCCUCGCUAUCCUCUACGCGCGGGGGUGGUACCCCGCCAGAAAAGGCGGCAGCUUGAGCUCGCGGGACGGAAGACAACGCUCCUUCGUGCCAGAGCUCGUGCCCCUCGUACUGCUGUACACGACCCUCUUCCCGCUCCUCCUCCAGCUCGCCCUGAGCAUAUGGUACGCGCCCCCAGCGAGCAUCCACGAGACGCUCCUCCCCACCGCGGCGUCGGCGAGCGUGCUCCCAGAACGCGUGGUCGCUGCCCUGCCCGCAGCGCUCGCGGACAGCAUCAAGGCGGCCGAGGACGGCGUCGUCGCUGCGUGGUCUGGCGCGAACCGCGUCUGGGCGGGCACGAGGCUGCUCGGCGGCAUGAGCGCCGGCUUCGGGCUGCGCGUGUUGUUGCCGACGCGGCCUUGGGAGACUACCUCGAUCGUCAUUUUCGGGUGGGUCGCGGCGCUGCUGGCGGCGCAGUGGCUCGACCCGUUGCUUCUGGGGUGA